CGAGGCCGGCCCCUAACUCUUCCGGCGGCCAGCGACGAUAGGACAGACCUUCCGGUGAUCUAGGUCAGGCCCCGCGCCUGGUAUAAAAUCUGCCGGACGCCAGACCAGAAGCACACUCGAAGUGGUCAGCAGUUCGGAAACAGCCAUGUUCGCUCAGCUCCUCGUCCUGGCUCUGGCUUCGGCCGCCUACGCCGGCUUUGUCGGCCCCGCUGUCGCCGUUGGCGGCUACGGCCACGGUGGCUACGGCGGCUACGGCGGCUAUGGUGGAUACGGCUACGGUGGAUACGGACACGGUGGAUACGGACACGUCGCUGUUGCUGCUGCCGCCCCCGUCGUCAAGGCUGUCGCUGCUCCCGUUGUGGCCAAGACCGUUGUCCAGGACGUCUAUGCUGCCCAGCCCUACAAGUUCGGUUAUGAGGUGAACGACGGACACGGCAACCACCAGAGCCGCCACGAGGUCGCUGAUGCCCACAACAACCGCGUAGGAUCCUACAGCUUCACCGACAACUACGGCCGCCACCGUAGCGUGCACUACGUUGCUGACGGACAUGGCUUCCGCGCUUCCGUCAAGACCAACGAGCCCGGAACCGCCGCCUCCCACCCCGCUGGCGCCGUCUACCAGACCCCCCACGCCGUGAAGGCUGCCCCCGUCGCCGUCGCCGCCGCUCCCGCCUACCACGCCCCCGUCGCCGUCGCUGCCCCCGUUGUCGCUAAGGCCGUCGCUGCUCCCGUUGCCGUCGGCUACGGUGGAUACUUCGGAGGCUACGGCCACGGCGGCUACGGCCACGGCUACGGCCACGGCUACGGCUACCACUAAAUCAUGUGUCAUCUUGUUAGGACUAUAACUAUUAUUUAUGUGCCUUCUUCGUUCGUCUCUCCGCCCCGCCGCCUCCGACAACAACACCGGUGUGAUGUGCGUUCAUCGCCGCGUUCCCCCGCAAGAAGCAGAUUGUCUGUCUGUCCACCACCUCUUUUCCACAUCUGCGCCUCCUAGGAUUUCUUCUAUUUCCGUUCUUCCCGGGCUGCUGCUGCAAGAUUGGCCACGCACAACGACCUGUCCUUCCGUCGUCGCCGCCUCGGCUGUCCUUUCCUGUCCGUCUUGUGUGGCUUUUUCCCUUCUUCGUCUAGUAGUAUUUCUCUACUCCUCGGGGAUCCCUGCUGACCACGCCCCCCUUCUUCUUUUCCACCCUCCUGUCCCAACGUCGCCGCAAUGUUCGUCUCUAUCCCCUGUCCUCCACGUCCUGACGACACAACUCUUCCUUCCGGCUCCUCUGUCCUGUCUGUCUUCCCGCCACGAAAUUUCUUUUGCGGUGUUCUGUUACGUUGUUUGUAUUAUAAAAAACUGCUUUACAAAUAAAGUAUGUUGUCUGUUCUUUUACGUUUUCCAA